AUGGCGAAUAGGCCCCAACUUCUCCAUGCGUGUAGCAUUCUGCUCACUUGUCUCGUCCUCGUUCAUCCUCAAACUGUCUCCGACGACGAAAACAGGGUCUUCCUUCGAGCUCAAUGCAAAGCCAGGUGCCUGAGGUACUUCCAAAACUCCGGUGAGGACGUCAUUAACGAGGUGUCGAUAGGAAUAACGACUACCGAAGCAGGUAGCAGGUCUAAUCCUGUCUCCCUUCUCCUCCAGGUGCUGAAUCGGCUAGGGGUUCAAAGUGACCUGGUUUCAGACUGUUUCCAACGCCACCACGACAAGUGCAGCGAAGCGGUAAGUGAUUUACCAAACCGUCGAACCCACCGCCUUUUCGUGUUCCACCUGAACUCUCUAUUUUCGGUUCUUCUCUUCCCCCGAACAGUGCUUUUCGGCGUGCGAUUCUCCGCCAGACGUGUGUCAGUCAAGGUGUUCGUCUGUCAGGCACGUGAGGGUAGCGUGAGUGCCACUUCUCCGGAAGUUAUUGAAGAUAUCUCCGCCAACAUUGUCGACAAUCUAUUCCACGGAGUUCCAGCACAAUGGAUUGGACUGGUGGACUCGGUGGGCUGCCACCUUAGCUGCCUCCUGCUGUCCGAAAUCUCGAAAAACCGUCCCGGCGACUGUCGCUCCGCCGGCGUCGCAGGCGAGGCGCCGGGACGGCCGAGCGUCGAUCUAGCGUCGUCUUUCGCCCCUCCACCCACUGCCUGUCGCAGUUUGUGUCACGAUGACUCCGACUGCGUGCAUCCCCUGCAGAAGUGCUGCAAGGUCGGCUGCAGUCGAAUCUGCUCGACACCGAUGUACUCGGAAGAAGUUCCACCGCUGCCUCCACCGCUCUCGUUGCAACCGUUGCCUCAUCGACCCGGGGUAAUGGGCUUGUACUGGACUGGUAACUACCCCAAUUUCAGUCGAAACCAUGGACCACUCGUCUUCAUCCUCCAGACACGCUUCUGUGUGUGCAAACGCUUCAGCGAGGAUCACGUCUCACCCUGGCAAACCGUCUUAAUGACGGGGAACUUGAACGCAACCCUGGAUUCCUUUGACCCCGGCCACAUGUACCAAUUUCGACUGGCAGCAGUAGGCACCCAUGGAAGCAGGGGAUUCGGUACACCUUCAGACCCCUACCCCCUGCACCCCAAGCCACCCCAGCCUCCCAGCCCUCCACGCAACGUGACCGCGACCAAGUGGAGGAUCCACUCCAACGGACGAGUCGGUGUCCUACUGAGUUGGGAGCCCCCAGAAAGCAGCGAUUUACCCCUUAUUAAUUACUCAAUUUCUUGGGCCCCUGAUCAAGGCUACCCAAGCACCAGCAGUCAAGCGCUGAAAACACCGAACGCUCCCUUCGUGAAAAACGUACACCCAGAAGAUUCGGAGAUUAUGAUUGACGAUCUCCAGCCAGGAUCUUCCUACAAAGUACAAGUCACAGCAAUUUCUUCGUGGUACGGCGGUGGUCAGCUGGAGUCGCAGCCACAUAUCAUUUUCAUUUCAACAGAAUCCGUCCACCACGCCGAACACCAGAACGUGGCGCUGGAAGGCCCAAAACACAGCUUGACGAUGUCAGCAGGCGAUGAUGAUGAUGAUGGUGAUGACGACGACGACAGCGCCAACAAUUGCAGGUGUGGUGGUCUUGCGAAGAACGACGAGAGACUGGAGAUCAAACCGCCAGAGGUUUACGAUGGUGAUCUCACGGCGCUAGUGCAACUGAAGUCGUUCUCGCACAUGGACAGUCAAAGCUAUCGGAUUGAGUGGUUUCCCCAGGUCUGCAUUGACUCCCACGAGAGCACCCCCAUGUCCCCCUUGCACGUCGGAGCCGAUGGCGGCAGCGAUAUUCUCACCGCUACAGUUAGGAAACGAUACUUCCGGCUUACCAAGUUGAAAUUUAACUGCGUCUACAUGGUGCGGUUAACACCGGAACAGCCAACGGCGCUACGCUCAAGAUACACGCCCCGUCGACUGCAUCCGUCGAUGUUCCCCAUGGUCAACGAACCGCCGUCUCCGAUUGACGUGGUAGCGGCGUGCUUCUGCACUCGCUCCUGUCGGGAAACCAAGACUGCGUGGGGCACCAAACCACUCGAUUGUCCAUCCGGAGCACCACACAUAACUCCCUCCCUCUCAUCGAUCUACUCGACCACCUGCACACACGCCUGUCUCGGACAGCUACGCGACCUAUUCCACCUGUUCCUCCAGUCAAAGUCGGAGGUGAACCGAGUCCACUGGAAGUACUCAGAAAUGGCCAAUCAAAUCGCCGUGUCCUUCACAUUCACAAACACAACCUGA